AUGAAGUUCAGAGAUUAUUCCAAAGACAGAACGAGCUUGGAUUCGAAGGCCUCAACCAUUCAAUACGAUGUGGACCAGGAUAAAUUAAAGUCACUUUCACACGAGGGUAUCAUGCCGGCCGGCAGUCAUUCGCCGGGAAAUGAUAAUUAUGCUGACUUAAAUUGUGAUGAAGCUCUUAUUUGA